AUGUUCCCCUGUCCCGGGGUGCACACGAGUCCUGUCAACACUGGAAUCAAAUGUAUGGAGAAUGGAACCACAAUUCUCAGUCCAGGAUCAAUCUCUGGUCUGAUAGAAAAUAUCAAGUGGCUUUAUAACGAUGACAUCAUUGCAGACUGGCUUGGACGAAGAAAAAGGUUCUUCCGUCAUUGUGAAGGUCGCUGUGACAUCAACACAGAAACUGGAAGUCUGACGAUCAACAGUUGGAGUCUGAUUGACUGUGGGAACUACACUACGAAGAUCAAGACAAAAACUGGAAAACUGGAUUUAUUUAAUCUCAAUGUGACAAACUGCGGCAAACACACAGUGAAGAUCAACAGCACAGACAUGAAGAACGUUCCAGACAUGAAGAACGUCGACAACAACUCAGAAGGGUGGAACACGGAGACUAUCAUCAUCAUCAUCAUCAUCAGCGUCUUCAUCAUUGCUGUUGCUCUUUCCUUUGCGAUUUAUUGUUGUUGUUGCAAACGCAGACAAAAUCAAGAACACCUGACAGGACGCAUUCAGAGGAGAGGCCUCAGCUGGCUCCGCCCAGUGAGGAGGAGCAUCAGUUCUACUCUGAUCUACUUCCAGCGUGUUUCUAUAUCAGCUGCAGACCUGAACCCACAAGAAGAAGAAGAAGAUCCUCUGAACUCGUCUUCAUCACCUUCUGAAGAUGAAGACCAAGCUGGACCUGCUGAAGGAACAGGAAGUCUUUCAUGUUCAAUUCCAUGUUCAAUCUCAAACUAA